CUGGAGGUCCUGCUGCUGGAGGUACUGCUGCUCGAGGUGCUGCGGUUGGAGCUACUAGAGCUGCUCGUCGUGGAGGCGCUGAGGGUGCUGGUGUUUCUGGUUCUGGAGGUGCUCGUACUGGAGGUACUGGAGCUGCCAGGACUGGUGGUGCUGCUGGAGCUAGAGGUGCCGGUUUUGGGGGUGCUACUACUGGAGGCACUGGAGCUGGUGCUGUCGAUCCUGGAGUUGGAGACCCUGCAGCUGGAGGCACUAGAGCUGGAGACCUUGGAGCUGGAGGUGCUGGAGCUGGAGGCGCUGGAGCUGGAGGCGCUGGAGCUGGAGACCCUGGAGCUGGAGGUGCUGGAGCUGGAGGUGCUGGAGCUGGAGGCGCUGGAGCUGGAGGCGCUGGAGCUGGAGGCUCUGGCGCUGGAGGCGUCGGGGCUGGUGGCCCUGGAGAUGGAGCUGCUGAUCCUGGAGGUGCUAGUCCUGGAGGUGCUGGAGCUGCCCGAGCUGGAGGCACUGCGGGCGCUGGAGCUGGAGGCGCUGGCGCUGGAGGUGCUGGAGCUGGAGGCGCUGGCGCUGGAGGUUCUGGAGCUGCUGGUCCGGGAGGUGCUAGUACUGGAGGUACUGCUGCUACUGGAGCUGGUGGUGCUGCUGGUGCUGGAGGUGCUGGUGGUUCUUAGCCUCCCGUCUUCUACUGCCCUCCCGUUACAGCUUGGCUCUCCGCUCCCUGCUCCUUCUCCUUACACUGAGCAGACAGACUUGCUUACAUUGCGUCGUGAGCCUGCGUCUCGUCCUGCCUCGCCUGUUCACGCUGGUCGCACUGGUCGUCGUGUUCCUCGUGAGCGUCCUCCUCAUGUCCUCGGCACGCACACUAUGGCACUUCGUCCUUCCUCUGUUCCACAGCGUGUUCCCCUGCCGUCUCCUCCUGCGUCCUCUCUUCCGCACGUUCCGGACACUGAGUCUGACUUAGCUCGUGCUGCCAGCCCUAUUGUCACCCGUCUCCUGGCCACUGUUGUCACUGACCCUUCGUUUGAGUCUGCUGCUGCGUCUACCCUAGUUGCUGAGCUUGUCGACUUUGCUGCUCGCUUUCGUCUAAACUACGCCACUAGUCUUGUUGCUGAGUCUGAGUCUGUCUGUCCUCCGUCCGUCGGGGGUGAGUGUGCUCUUGGCACGGACGUCCUUGAGGACAGGCAGGAGGACUUUGAGUGUUUUGCAGCUGCUGUACCUCAUCUCGUGUCCAUGUUGAUUGCACCUGAGGGAGACCCGGAUGCACCAGACAUCCCAACCCCGCGCUCUUACGCAGAGGCAAUUGAGGGUCCCUACUCCUCUCAGUGGCAGUCAGCCAUGGACGCAGAGAUGGCAUCCUGGAAGUCCACAUGCACUUACGUCGACGCUGUUCCCCCACCUGGGGCGAACAUCGUCAGUGACAUGUGGAUUUUCAGGGUGAAGCGGCCGCCGGGUUCUCCGCCUGUCUUCAAGGCGCGUUACGUGGCACGAGGCUUCAGUCAGAGACAGGGAGUUGACUUCUUCCAGACCUUCUCCCCUACCCCAAAGAUGACCACUCUUCGGGUUCUGCUGCACGUCGCCGCUCAGCGUGACUACGAGCUUCACUCUCUUGACUUCAGCACAACUUUCUUGCAGGGCAGCCUGCACGAGGAGAUCUGGCUGCGCCGCCCACCUGGCUUCACUGGGUCGUUUCCUGCAGGUACCCAGUGGAGCCUCCGGCUGCCAGUCUACGGUCUCCGUCAGGCGCCUCGCGAGUGGCACGACACACUGAGGACGACGCUUGCGGCUCUUGGGUUUGCUCCUUCGACUGCUGACCCGUCGUUGUUUCUGCGCAUCGACACUUCGCUGCCGCCGUUCUACAUCCUCGUAUACGUCGACGACUUGGUCUUUGCCACUGCUGACUUUGAGGGACUCGCCCACGUGAAGUCGGAGCUCCAGAAGAGACACACGUGCAUAGACCUGGGAGAGCUGCACAGCUAUCUUGGCACCCGGGACAGAGCACUGCGCACCAUUACCCUGACUCAGUCACACUUGGUGCAGCAGGUCCUUCAGCGCUUCCGCUUCACGUACUCCUCGCCACAGUCCACUCCUCUGCCUACCGGUCACUCGCUCUCAGCUCUGCCUUCGGAUGAGUUUGUAGAGCCGAAUGGCCCGUAUCCAGAGCUUGUGGGCUGCCUCAUGUACCUGAUGGCCUGCACUCGUCCUGACCUUGCUUACCCUCUUAGCAUCCUGGCACGCUACGUUGCGCCCGGGAGACACCGACCAGAGCACUAG